AUGAUGAGCGCCUUUCUAGCCGCUACCCCUACUGUCAUGUCCCUUCCGCCUCCUCAGGUCCCGCUGAAUGCUCUUGAGCUACCUGUCUCGCGCCUUUCCGCCUCUGCCUACAUCCAAUGCGACGAUGUUCAGCAGGUCCUCCGCAACAUUGCCUCAGGUCUCAAUCAGGGUUACCCAAAUGGAUGGGAGCGUUUCACUCGUGCUCCUGGCAGCAGCGGUUCAUCAAGCAUCGAGAUGGUCACGGCGGACAACCUCAAGUCGGCCAUGCAAACCUGGGGUCUUGACGGAGGUGUUCUUGGCCAGGCCUACGACCGCGUCCAUAUGGCCAUCGAACUUGCUGUCAGCGAGACCGCCUACUUCGCCCAGGGGUUUUCGUACAACUGGAGCCCUGCCAAGGUGGCGGUGAUCACCCCGCCUGUGCCCGAUGCGAUCGGUGAUGACGGUGCUUGGAAAGCUGAGGUCGGACACAUCUACAUCUCCACAGCCGCCGAGACGCUGCAGCAGUGGGUUCCCUGGCACAAAUGCCACAAUUGCUGGUUCAAAAGAUGUUGCCAUGACGGUGCGGAUCCGAGAAACCUCAGCACUGGGGAACUUGAAGUGGUCAAGGCCGUCAUGUCCACUUUCCAGGCCGAUUGGACUUUGAAUCAUUUCCCAAAUCCCGCAGCAGAGAUGUCUUUCACCAGAACCGACGUUUCUCUUUCUUCAGCCUUGGACGCUACUUCUUCUCUUCUUUGGCCUGGCCGGUUUGACAACCUGUUGCGACUCUUCCUCCGCAACCCGGUCGAGAACAGUGAUGUGAGCAAGAUCUAUCAAGGAGGUUUGCUCGCCGCCAUCCAAAACGCGACCCUGUCCCACCGCCAAGGCUUUCACAACAUGGAGUUGACUGUUCGCGAGUAA